CACCUACGUGCGUCGUCAUCUAUCGGUCUCUUGCAGCACCACGUCCAACAUGCCUCGUCUCGUCGUUGCCUUUCGAGGUCAGACUUGGGAGCUGAGUGUGCCAGAGACGGCGUCGCUCUCAUCGCUACGGGAGCAGAUUGAAAAUGUGACGGACGUCGCCGCUGCGCAGCAGAAGAUCAUUGCUUCUGGGCCUCUCCGAACCUUUUUCGCAGCUGGUGGCGGUGGCGAUGGCGGUGGUGAAAGAGACGAGGAGACAAUAGGCGCUUUCAAGGAUGGAAGCAAAGUGAUGGUAGUCGGUCCAACGAAAGACGAGCUCGAGUUUGUGAGAAGACAGGACGAGGAGGGUGCAAAGGCGAAUCGACCUCGUCAGUAUCACCCCAGCAUGCUUCGAGGAGGAACUCAGCCGCGGCGGACGGGCGCCACGUCUUCGACCAGUCGACUAAAUCCGUUUGGAAGCAUAAAGGUGCAUCCUUCGACGCCACCUUCGUCGCCUGAGUUUAAGCUCGUGCAUCAGCGCCUGACGCAACUCGCCAACGACCCGGCUGUCAUUCACGUCUGCUCGCUGCACAAUUUUACUGUGGGCGAGCUGACUGAGCUGCUGCCCCACGAGCACCCGAACCUACUCGGACUCAACGAGAACAUGGGGAUGAGGAUCAGCCUCCGCACCCGGACGGACAAGUACGACGGACUGCGCCACUACCGCUCAAUGAGACAGGUGCUCCUCCAUGAAUUGGCCCACAAUCGCGUCAAUGAUCAUCCGCCAGAAUUCAAGAUUCUCAAUUCGGAGUUGAAUGCCCAGCUAGAGGCGUUUGAGGCGGCCCAAAAGAACGGCGCGCGCCGCCUCGUCGAUUCCGACGUGUACGUUCCGCCAGAGAAUGACGAUCCGGCCGAGGUCACGGCUCACGUCCUGGGUGGGAGUGGCGAUGGCACUCCGCUCGACCGAGAAGCGCGACGGCAGAAGGUCUUGAUGGCGACGAUGAAGCGGCUCGAGCACGUCGAGGCCGACAUCGAAAAGGGCUGUGGCAGCUCGCAAUGAUUCGGUCCCUUCUUGCUAAUUGUAUUUUCUCUUUUGCCUUGCCGCAUGUAUAGUACUCAUACAGUAAUUGACCACACUUCAGCUUGGCCACAAUUGUCCUCAGAACUCAAAUGCGCGGUCGAGAUCGUUGCGGAUGUGUUGCCGCAUCCCUUCGGGCAUCAAAGGCUCUGGCUUGCCCCGAUAGGCCUUUGUUCGCUCUUCAUCCACCAUGUAUCGGAAGGGCAUCUCGACCGAUUCUCCCCCACCAAACUUGAGCUCGGGCUGGUCGACCCACUGCAUCGUAGCCCCUGUCGGGCCCUCUUGCUCGGUGCCCUCGAGGCCCAAGGCGAGGUGGUCCUCGACGACGCGCUUCGUCACGCCCAGCGCUGUGUCCGUCGUCAUCUGCAUCGUGCCUAGGUGCCGCC